CGAAGUGACCCCGUGUCAGGUCCCGGGCUACAGUGCUCCCGAGGCCCACUCCAGGCCAGGCACUUCCCUUUGCUAGCUUCAUGGCGGCGCGGUCUGCCUUCCGGAUGCUGCGGCGGCUCCUGAAGUCCAGCACCCGGGGCUGCAGCUCGGGGGCUCCGGUGACGCAGCCCCGCCCCGGGGAGCCCUCGCGACCUGCCAGGGAGGAGCUGUCCAUGAGGCUGCAGUUCCUCCAGGAGCAUGCUGCUCCCUUCUCUGCCUUCCUCACGGACAGCUUUGGCCGGCAGCACAGUUACCUGCGGAUCUCUCUCACAGAGAAGUGCAACCUCCGAUGCCGAUAUUGCAUGCCUGAGGAGGGUGUGUCCCUGACCCCCAAGGCUGACUUAUUGACCACAGAGGAGAUCCUGACCCUUGCUCGGCUCUUUGUGAAAGAAGGUGUGGAUAAGAUCCGUCUCACAGGUGGAGAGCCCCUCAUCCGGCCAGAUGUGGUGGAUAUCGUGGCACGACUUCAUCGGCUGGAAGGGCUGAGAACCAUUGGUGUCACCACCAAUGGCAUCAACCUAGCCCGGCUGCUGCCCCAGCUCCAGAAGGCAGGGCUCAAUGCUGUGAACAUCAGCCUGGACACUCUGGUUCCUGCUAAGUUCGAGUUCAUUGUCCGCAGAAAAGGCUUCCACAAAGUCAUGGAGGGUGUCCACAAAGCCAUUGAGCUGGGUUACAAGCCUGUGAAGGUGAACUGUGUGGUGAUGCGAGGCCUGAAUGAAGAUGAGCUUCUGGACUUUGUGGCCUUGACAGAGCAUCUUCCCCUGGAUGUGCGCUUCAUUGAGUACAUGCCAUUUGACGGCAACAAGUGGAACUUCAGGAAGAUGGUUAGCUACAAGGAGAUGCUGGACACCAUCCAACAGCAGUGGCCAGAGCUGGAGAAGCUGCCGGAGGAGGAUUCCAGCACAGCCAAGGCCUUUAAGAUCCCUGGCUUCCAAGGUCAGAUCAGCUUCAUCACGUCCAUGUCAGAGCAUUUCUGUGGGACCUGCAACCGGCUACGCAUCACAGCUGAUGGGAACCUCAAGGUCUGCCUCUUCGGGAACUCCGAGGUGUCCCUGCGGGACCACCUGCGUGCCGGGGCCUCUGAGGAGGAGCUUCUGAGAAUCAUUGGGGCAGCCGUGGGUAGGAAGAAGCGGCAACAUGCAGGCAUGUUCAAUAUUGCCCAGAUGAAGAACCGGCCCAUGAUCCUCAUCGGGUUGCCUUGGAUGCUUCGAGAUUCCCCACCAGCUAGUUGGAGCACUCUCUCCCGGGAUCCCCCCCAUGUUCGAAAUCUGAGUGUCAGAGAGAAUCUCUCUGACCAGAUGGCAACUUUGUGGAAAAGACUCCGUGUCCCCAUGGCCCUUCCUCUGUCUCAACAGUGCCUGGGGUCCGGCUCCCCUCAGAGACACUACAGCUGCUACCCAGACUCUGACACUCACUCAAAGUGCCUUAGCAUAGGGUCCCAGGACCCUGCUGUCCCCUCAGGACCAGGGCUGACUUCAACUCAGCUAACUCAUGUGGAUUCAGAAGGACGGGCAGCUAUGGUAGAUGUGGGCGGGAAGCCAGACACAGAGCGGGUGGCUGUGGCCUCUGCCGUGGUCCUUCUUGGACCUGUGGCCUUCAGGCUUGUCCAGCAGAACCAGCUGAAGAAGGGCGAUGCUCUGGCAGUGGCCCAGCUGGCUGGAGUCCAGGCAGCCAAGCUAACUAGUCAGCUGAUCCCCCUGUGCCACCACGUGGCCCUGAGCCAUGUGCAGGUACAGCUGGAGCUGGACAGCACGCGCCACGCCGUGCUGAUCCAGGCAUCCUGCCGGGCCCGAGGCCCCACUGGGGUAGAGAUGGAGGCACUGACCUCAGCUGCCAUGGCUGCCCUUACCCUGUAUGACAUGUGCAAGGCAGUCAGUAGGGACAUCGUGGUGGCAGAGGUGAAGCUCAUCAGUAAGACUGGAGGUCAGCGGGGGGACUUCCAUCGGGCUUAAGAGUGCCUCACUCACCCCAAUCAUGUCUCCCAAGGGGAUGCAAUUUGGGUGGAGGAAAAGAUGUCACAUUCCUCUUAAUCUAGUCACUAUGACCUAGGAUCACCCUGUCUCUUUACCACUGAUAUUUAUUAUAACCCGUGAGGUGUCCUCAACAUGAAGACACCUCUGGCCUUGACACCUUCCAGGACUCAGGACUCCAGCGGUGGAAGGUUUGAUACGGGAUACCCCCACGUCAUGUCAUAUUACUUGGCCUGUUUCAGAUGGACAGCUUCAGGCAGCCCUUCUCAUUUAGGGUUCUCUCUUCUCUUCCCUGGGGAGAUAAUAAGGGCUCAUUAAGCAGAGGAACCCACUUUGAGGAAGGAAAAACACAGCUCCCUAAAGAAUGUAUCAGAGGGUCCCCACUCCCUGGCCUCCGGCCCUGCUCCAACAGGAUGAACACUUACGGACUACAACCCCAAGGACUUGUGCCAACCUUACGCACACCUGGGUCUGCUUACUGCGGUCUGCCCACACCUCUCUACUCUGGCACACAUCAGGGAAAGAAGAGCUGAAGGUGACCUUCACCCUCACAAUGCACAAAUAAAGCCACGAUGCCAGCUUUGGAGAUGA